GCGAGAUUCUCCCAUUCUGGUUUCCUUCUCAUGAGGAUCAAAAGUAUUUGUUGCUGAUUAUGUACUCUGCGGGGUUACAAGCAGUCGUCGCCUGGGUCCAACAGCAUCGGCACCAAGGACAAGGGACGGACCCCUCGAGGAGAAACAGCACUUAACACCGAACAAGCCAUCAGAAGCGAAAGAACGGCACACUAAGAGUGGAACCAUCUAAUUAAAAAAAGAAAGGAAGGAAGGAGUAUACACAUAGGAAAGCAUUGAACCCGGGAAUUAACGAUUGGAGCGAUUAUUAGGAAGGAUGACCGCCAUCCCAACUCAAGCCUCAUCCCCAUCCACCUCAACAAACACAACAGUCUCAUCCCAGUCCUCCUCAACACAGAAAAACAAGCCAGUCGAUCGAUGUCUAAAGUGCUUGCUCAACCAACCAGCGUGUCCAACUCCUUGGAUAUAUUGCUCAUUAUGUUCCUCUUCCUGGCAUUGGUCUUGUGUCACCAUCAACCAACUCGAUCCGAUCGAUAUCAUCGAAAAGUGGUUUUGUGGGAAUUGUACAAAGAAAGAUCCCAAUCUACAGGCGAUAUAUAAAGAGCCACCACGGAAAUCGAGUCGAGCGAAAGCAAAGAAGAUCAACUAUUCAGAUCUAUCAAACGAUCCGUUGACGGACCCGGACCGAUUUGUCAAGCUAGCGGAUACGAAGAAGAAUGUGAUCGAUGGAUUUGAUGUUCCGAGUACGGUAAGUCAAUGUUACAAAUAUUGAGAGUUCUAGAGGAAAGGAGGUCAAGAGUGCUCAGGCUGAAAGAGGAGGAAGAGAGACAGAGAGAGAGAAAGAGGGAGAGGAUGGGCAUAAGAGUUCAGUCUGAUGGAUCUACGAUUAUAUAACAGGGGCCUCACAAAGCGUUCCGGAAGAUGAAGCCGGAGGAGUUGAGUCUAGAAUGGUUGAUCAACGAUCCACAAGCGAUGACGGAGCCGAUCGUGAUAGAUGACAGCGCAGGACUCCGGGCGCAAGGGAUGCGAAUGCCCUCGCCGGAGCUGACGAUCGGCCAGAUCGCCGAGCUCGUCGGCCCAGAGACCCCGGUCGAGGUGAUCGAUGUCGCCAGUCAGGCCGAGCUCUCUCGCUGGACUCUUGCCCAAUGGGCCUCCUACUACGAACACCCAGCUCGUCAACGCGUAAGAAACGUCAUCAGCCUCGAAGUCUCCGAUUCGCCUCUCGGCGAUUCAGUCCAACUCCCUCAAAUCGUCAAGGAUCUCGACUGGGUUAAUACCAUCUGGCCAAGCCAUUUACGUGCUCAGGGUAGUGCCACUUUCCCUAAAGUGCAGAAAUAUUGCCUGAUGAGCGUCGCUCGUUGUUGGACGGAUUGGCAUAUAGAUUUUGCAGGGUCAUCGGUCUUUUAUCACAUCCUACGAGGAGCCAAGACGUUUUAUUUUAUCAGGCCGACGGUAGCAAACCUAGCCAAAUACGAAAGAUGGUCAGGUAGUUCGAAGUUGCAAGAGUCAACCUGGCUAGGAGACCAGGUGAAUGUGGUCUACAAGGUUUGUUUGCGGGCUGGACAGACCAUGAUGAUUCCCACCGGCUGGAUCCAUGCCGUCCAUACCCCGGUUGAUUCUUUAGUCUUCGGAGGGAACUUCUUGCACAGUUUAAAUAUCCCGCUCCAGCUGAGAAUCCAUCAGAUCGAGAACAAUACCAAGGUGCCUAAGAAGUUCCGAUUUCCAUUCUUUCUACCGAUGCUUUGGUUUGUGGCCUGUCAUUAUCUCCGAAGGCUCGAAGGUGACGAGCACCAGAAGCCUUCCGAUGGAGCCCAUGACUCCUCUUCUUCCUCAAUCCCAUUCAAUCUAGACUCCUUGCCAAGGAUCCCCGAGCGGAUCCUCGCAGGUCUCUCGACCCUGGCCGAGUUUUUGCCCUCCCAAACAGAAUGGUCGGAUAACCAUCCACCACUCUCCUCGGCCGAACUGUCCAAAGUUCUGGAAGGAUAUUUGGACACCAAUCGGAUCCCGAACCUUGGCCAGACCUCCACCCAGUUCCAACAUCUCUUGCGUCGUCUCCACCCUUCCACCCAUCCUUCCCCGACCAAAGUCGAGCAGGAAUAUUCUACCAACAGAGCGCCGGACACCUUGGCUCCUCCUCAAAAGGAAAACAAUCCGGGAGGAGAGAGUGGGGCUGAUAAGAAGCCGUUUAAGAGUCCACUCCAGAUCACCUUGAAGCGGAAGAUCAGCUGUCCUUCGGUGACUGGGACGAGUGAGGAAGGCCAAGCAAAACCACCGACGUUAAGCUCGAACAGAUCGCUGACACUGAAACUGAAGAACAAGAAUGGCUCGAGUCAGAACGGGGACGCCGGCGGGAAGACGACCACUCGGGGAGAAACCAAAAAGAAAGCGACGGGCAAUAAGAAAGUGAAGAGUCAACAAACUGGGACGGUUGUUAGUCAAUCGGAGAGUAGGAAAAAGACGGACCCUGGCGAGAUUCUAAGGAUCUCUAAUCCGCCGCCCGUUAAUCAUGUCCAUCGCGAGAAACGCGCUCGGCCGUUCCCCCUCGUGUCUGAUCAAUCAGACGGACUACUUCCUCCUCCCCCCGCCGAUUCUUCCGGCUCCUCUGAACUCUUAGAAGACGUCGAGGUUCGCACUACUUCUGCUGAGAACUCCGUCCUCAGGAAAUCUGUGGACCCCCGUUCCGGAAUGGUCAUCUUCGAAACUAGAACUGUUAAAACUGUCAUCGAAAAGGCUUUCUUUCCUCCCGUCUAAUCGUUUCCGUCUAUACCCUUUCUCUCUCUUUUUCUCAUCCCUCCCUUCCCCCCCCCCCUUUUUUCUAAAAAAAAGGACAUUCUCACUUGUGUUUACAUUUUCUUUUUGUAUAAUUAUUUAUAACUUAUCUUUUUGAAGAACAAAUCGUUUAUGACUUCCAUUUCAUUUCAUUGAAUUUCGUUUUUUUUUUUUUGCUUUCUUGGUUGGUUAAAAUUGAUUGAAAAUUGUACGAAACACCAAAAAAAACCCAACGAGAAGAAAGACGAAAUGAUCCCAAAAACCCAAAAUCCUACAAGUAUAUAAACGCAAAAUUUAUAAUUUUUGUUAUCAC